UUAGCGGCGCUGUGAUUAGCGGAGAGCAGGAGCAGGAGGGUCUCGUCUGCAGAUUGUAAACAAAAGAAAAGAAGGAGGAAGAAUUGUUGAUGUUUGUGAAGGUGUAUUUGAGCGCUUGAUGGCCAUAUUGACUGUGGGUCAUGGAAACACCAGUCAGGAAUACGUCAGCCGACGCCACAGGCGUGUCACGCUCUGGCCGGGUGAGAAAGAAGUCCUCAAAGCUGGCCGACUUUGAAUCGCCAGACGAGAUUGAUACCCGCUUCAAAAGGAAGACCGACAGACCUCAAAAAUCCCCCAAAAUUAUGAAAGUUGGACUAUCUAUGGGAGCGGAUGUAUUCGACGACUCUGAUAGUUAUAUAGACGACGACUUGAUUGAAGUGAAAGACGAGCCUUUAGAAGUCGACGACUGGGUCGAUAAUGACGAUGGAGACGACGACAUGUGCGAUGAUGGCGACGACAGGGACGACACCAACGAUGCGCUCCACGUUGAUGAUGACUCGACUGACAUGCCAAGAGAAACAUCCAACUAUAGCUUGGCUCAGUCAUUGUACUUCUCGGAGAAGCAGGGCAAGAAAAAUAUCAUGCUAAAGGAUGGACAGGUUGUUCGGCGCAAGAAGGCUCAACGCAAGGACAAAGGGAAAUCACGAUUCACGGCGUACAUGCUCUGGGCCCGAGAAAUUCGUCCUGGGAUCAUCCAGGCAAACCCCAACAUGGACUUCUCUGCAGUCAAUAAGAGGCUUGGCGAGCUCUGGGCUCUGGUGCCAACAACACAGAAAUAUAACUGGAAGCGCCGGGCCAAACGCCUGGCUGCCAAAGGCAAUCAAAAAGGCUCAAUGAUUAGCACAGGUAAAGCCGCCAAGCAAUCUCAGAAUGCUGCUCGAAGCAAUCUCAUUAACAAAGGAGGCGUGAAGCCCCAGCAGGUGAUUCGAACCCCAUCUAAACAAUCGGAGGUCGGACAGUCUGCACCAGCCACGACUCACAAGGCCCACACCACUACGCCAAAAGACGUUACAAUAACGGACCAACAAGGAGAAGAGCCGGCAGGAGACUCCGUAGUCUCCAAAACGAACAGUAAGAAAAUGGCCCACCAGAAGGCUGAGAUCAGUGCCUCGGUUACAGCACUAACUGUUGGUAGUACUGGAAAGAGGACUCGAAAACGGAAAGUAACUUGCAGAGACGUUAGAAUAACGGACCAUCAAGGAGCAGUUUCGGCACGAGAGACUGCAGUCUCCAAAACGAACAGUAAGAAAAUGGCCCACCAGGAGGCUGAGAUCAGUGCCUCAGUUACAGCUCUAACUGUUGGUAGUAUUGGAAAGAGGACUCGAAAACGGAAAGUAACUUGCAGAGACGUUACAAUAACGGACCAUCAAGGAGAAGAACUGGCAAGAGACUCCGCAUUCUCCAAAACGAACAGUAAGAAAAUGGUCCACCAGGAGGCUGAGAUCAGUGCCUCAGUUACAGCACUAACUGUUGGUAGCACUGGAAAGAGGACUCAAAAACGGAAAGUAAUUUGCAGAGACGUUACAGUAACAGACCAUCAAGGAGAAGAGCUGGCAGGAGACUCCGCAGUCUCCAAAACGAACAGUAAGAAAAUGGCCCACCAGGAGGCUGAGAUCAGUGCCUCAGUUACAGCUCUAACUGUUGGUAGUAUUGGAAAGAGGACUCGAAAACGGAAAGUAACUUGCAGGGACGUUAGAAUAACGGACCAACAAGGAGAAGAGCCGGCAGGAGACUCCGCAGUCUCCAAAACGAACAGGGAGAAAAUGGCCCACCAGGAGGCUGAGAUCAGUGCCUCGGUUACAGCUUUAACUGUUGGUAGUACUGGAGAGAGGACUCAAAAACAGAAAGUAGAAAGAAAGUCGAUUUGCUCCAUUUUAAAGUAUGUCGAAUUAGAAUAUCUGGAGAAGACAGGUGAAAUAUUUCGGUUCUUAAAGUCGAAACAUUGUGAAAGCCAUGUAGAGAUUCUUGAAGAUGCUGUUCGUAUGUUGUUCUACAAAAAAAUGUCUUUGUCUGAAGCUGCCCAAUUUUUCUGCAUAUCACGACAGCGGCUCGAGAGAGUCAUGACAGUCCUGUUCUACUUGAAAAAGAAGCCAACUGUCAGUACUUUUUAUAAGACGCUAGAGGAUGUUAUGCAAACAACCGAAAAUGACAAAUUCAUUGAGUGGAUGCUACGUAUGAGGAAAAUGGGGCGUCUGCCCGUAUUACAGGACACCCACUAUGUAAAGCAGUACCUUGGUCCCUCAUGUCACCCAAAGAAUGUGUGUAGAUUUUUGGGUGAGUUUGGGGAAAAACGCGUGCAAUACGAAGACUGGUGUACAAUGACAAAAAACAGCAUGAUGAAAUGGGAGGAAAUGUUGAAAAACUUCCUGUUCAAUGAAUAUGACAUUGUAGCCGAAAUGUUCUUGGUGAAGGAAAAUUCAUCUAGAAUUUUCAAUUGUGUCGAAAUGUUCCUCUCCCACACUCACGUUGCAAAUCAGGUUGUUAUUCUCCGAGGACACAGAAACAUGUACAACUUUGUGUGUCCAAGCCGAAGAGGUAUAAGGGUGAUGGCGACAUUCUCUGCUUCAGGCCUGUACUUAAAACCCUUUUUCCUGCAGAAAGGAUAUCAUAUACCAUUAUGGAAUGAUCCUGAGUUCAUUGACCAGUCUAAGUUUCACACAGGUGCUUCUGGAAAUGGGGAGAUAGACCCUUUGUUGUUUGUGACGUGGUUGAGACUUUUCAAUACAGAACUUGUGGAGCAGGGGAUUGAGAAGCCAGUGUUGCUGCUCGUUCAUGGGCACCCAUGCCAUGCAAGUCUGGAUGCCUCCACCUUCUGCAAAGAGGAAGGUAUAAUACUUUACUCUCAUUACCAUACUCCCCUCAAUGUCUUGGAUCCUUUCUCGAGAAUGUUGAGCAAGUUUUACUUUCAUUACGAGAAAAGUUUGAAUGUCUUUCAAAACUUUAUCGGAAAGGCAAAUCUCUCGCUGAAAUACUUUCCUAUAAUAUUUCUAGAUGCCUGGAAUAAAAUGAAUGAUGAAGAUCUUGCUAGUGAUGCCUUCGAAAAGAGCGGCCUAGUUCCAUUUGAUUUAUCGGUUGUCAGCCAGCAUCUAAACAUCAAUCUUGUGCAAUGUCCGAGGUCUGCUUUAAUGGCAGAGCCAUUACCAAUGUUUUCUCAAAAAGUGUUACCAGAUGCUGGCCCUCUUCCCUUGGGGAACAUAUUGAAGGUGUCAGCAGUUUGUGAACCUUUGUUGUUUCACAAUUAUGCGCGCCCACCUAAAGAUCCAUUACGAGUGUUCUUCGAACCUUUACUAGACACUAGGCAAAAUUCCAGUGAUGUUAUUCAUGUGUAUGAAAAAUCUGCACAAGAUGAACAGGUUAUGUUUGAUAACGAUAGUGUUUUACCUAGCACGAAACCCGUGAAGGACAGUGUUAUAGAGAGUAAAGGUUACAUUAAAGUGACAAACGUAAACACCGCCACCACCACUGCACAAAUAAUGACUGCCGUGAAACCCUCGGACAUUAAGCUUGAGCAAACAUUGUGUGAAGAUAUUUUACCGAGUCAGUCUUAUGAAUCUAAGGAUGCGUGUUAUGUGAAGUGUGAAACUAGUAUGGAAGAGGAUCUCGACUGGGAAACUAUUGAAUUUCCAAGGGUUUAUAUAGUUAAUGAAAACUCCACGGAGGAGCAUGUGUUGCCCAGCCUAUCGUGGGACUCAAGGGAAUUAGAUAAUACAAGGGAUGAACAUUGUGCUAUAAGACACACCACUGACUGUCCGAAUUCGUGCAAUUGUGAGAAAAUUGUGUGUGAUGUCAGUGUGCCGAGCCCUUACGAUUCCCAAGGAAUAGAUACCGAUGAUGAUGAUGGUAGUGAAGGAGGGCAUUCAUCUUCAGAAACAUUUGAGUGUGUGAAUAAGCACAUCAAGUGUGAGUGAGCCACAUAAGAAGCUUCUUUACCAAGAAAAAAAAUUGGAAAGACAAUUGAACAGCAGCACUCCGUGACCCAGAACGCCUCGAGUUUCCAGUUACGUUUAUUAAAAGUUUAAAACUUGUUACAUUUGUAUUCAGAAGUUUAUGGAUAUGUUCUGUGAUAUUAAAGAAAUACAGUAUCUUUAGAAAAUACAGUUGUUUGAAGUUGAUUGUAUGUUCUGUAUCUAGGCAUUUGCUAAAGUCAUUUCCUUUUGCUGAAGAUAAGGAAUAAGUGGAUCUUGGACUUUACACCAAUGAUCAUUGGUGAUAGACAUCCCAUUGGCAAUAACAAUCGUGCCGAAUGGUAGCAACAGCUGAGCUGAACAUGCAACAACACCUGAACACCACAGAUAGAGUGGAAAGGUGAGCAAUUGAAGAAUCGACCAGAAAGAGACGUUCCGUUACAUUGAACGCUGACAUUUUUGCUAGCGUUCAACACGUCAAUGUAUCUUGUGACAAGGGAGAUGAAGAAGUGGUAAAAUAUGGCAUCCGAGGGAUGCCAUUAUUUGUCUAUACUGUACAAGCCAAGGAAGAGCGUGAAAGGGCGUUCACACGUGGUCAUGUCCCCGAAUUCCGUGCCUGAGGAAGAUUGUGCUCAUUUGUCUGUGUGUAGGUCUCACCAACACGAUGCAUAG